AUGGCAGACGAACACACUCUCCCACCGACAAGCCCAAUUGUGAUGACAUUCGGCUUUGAGCUUGAAUUCGGUGUAAAAUCGGUGCCCGAUCAAUUUCUCGAUCCAGAACCUGAUGAUCCUCGUCGCGUACACGGCAUCACAAGGCCGGAGAACUACCCCAAAGAUCAGUUUCUCCCUUACCUGGGAUCUCCCGAUGUGAUUGAGGAAAACGAGGUACUACAUGGAGAAACAGUUAACAACUUUAACACACAGUUAGAUGCUUUACAGACAGACAUGGCAAAACUUCUUACUGAGAAUGGACUUCCAGCCGUGGCUCAACUUGACGAGGAACAACCUGAACACCCUAGCAUCAAAGAUUUAAAGUACUGGGUAGUCUCUAAUGAUGCUACUAUCAACCAUUGCUUAGAUCCUGAUCCUGGAUACUUCUGGUGGCCAAUUGAAAUCCAAAGUCCAGCAUACAUCUACAAUGAAGAAAAUAAACAAAAGGUAAGAAAUGUACUUCAAUGCAUUGAUUCAAAUUAUAGGACUAAUUGUGAUUUGAGCGCAGAUAUUCAUGUUCAUGUCGGUAACGGGCAGAAAGGAUUUGAUGCUCGCACAGUCAGGAGAUUUAUGGCUUUCGUUUACACUUUUGAAAAUCAAAUCGCAACUAUACAUCCUCCUCAUUACAUGACACAGAGGGCGUUUUCCAAACCGGUAAGAACACAUAGCUUUCUUGCGCAGGUCGCACGAGAUAAUCGAGCUAAGAUAGAAAGACCGGGAGCAGAAGAAAGUUUGCGGGAAUUCGACGAAGAUUUCAUCAUAGACAGUAUUCUGGAAAGAGAUACAGUUGAUGAUCUUGUGAAAUUGCUAUCAAGUCCAGAACUAGAGGAAGAUCGCCUAUAUAAAAGACUCACAUAUUCCAUCUGUAACCUCGGAACGGACGCAGAAAAGGUAAAGAAGACAAUCGAAUUCAGACAGCAUAAGUCAACUUUCGACGACGAAGAAGUCUAUCACUGGAUAACUAUUUGCGCAUCCCUGGUCCAUUUUGCAAGUACCGUAGAUGAAGAAGUGUUGAGGAAAUUCUGCAAAGAACAUUUUCACAAGACCGUCGACGAAUUCUCGAUAGUUGAAGUCCUCAUGGCUCUCGGACGCCCAGCACAAGCUUAUUACUACGGUAUAAGGCUCUUUGCUGGGAAAGCCGAACGAGCUGAAGAAGAACGGAAGCUAAAUAAGGAAAUUGAGGACGAGAACCGCAAGCAGGAACAAGAGAGAGAGCACAGGAGAAAUCUUGAGGAACGACGUAGGCAAGAGGAGGCAGACCUCCAGAUAGAGGAGAAAAGACUCGAGCAAGAAGAGAAGAAACGUCAACAAGACGAAGAAGAAGAAAGACGGUUAGAAGAUCUGUUGAAAAAACUCGGAAAGGGAGACCUCGAGUGA